UACAAAUAAAUAAAAUAACUAGUAAACCCUAAACCUUUGCGUGCUCCACCUCCUCCUCCUUCGCGCCGACGUCUUUCCUCCGCUCGUUCCAGCGCCGCCUCCGUCAUAGCUGUUUGCAUUGAUUGUUUACUCUCUUGUUGUUAUUGAUCUGCAUUUUGAGGAGUGAAUUCCCCAUAAACAUGGCGGAGCUUCUAUUUAAUGAUGUUUUCAAGGUCAAGUGUGUCAACCCAGAUGGUAAAAAGUAUGAUAAAGUUUCAAGAAUCGAAGCACGGAGUGAGAAGCUUUCCAUGUAUAUGCUGCUGGAUGUAAAUACAGAGAUAUAUCCAAUUGAUGAAGGUGAGAAGAUUCUGAUGGUCUUGUCUCCCACGCUGAACUAUGAUGGAGCUCCUGUUACCAGCUAUAGUGGCCAGGAAGGGAAGAAAUCGCUAGCAGAUAAGUUUGAGUAUAUCAUGCAUGGUAAAAUAUACAAACUUUCAGAUGAAGGCUCAGGCUCAGACUUGAAAGUGGAGGUUUAUGCAUCUUUUGGAGGACUCCAAAUGCUGUUGAAGGGAGAUCCCAUCCACUGUGCCAAAUUCAGGGUGGAUCAGAACAUGUUUUUGCUCCUCCGAAAACUCUAAAAAUCUCUCCUACUUGCUGUUUCACUCUCAUGAUGGCCUUUUGUGUGAUGACUCUGUCUAAUUAUUGAUUAUAUUUGCAGAUAAUUUAUGCGUUCAAAACUUUUACUAAAUUGAUCUUCAUAGCCAAUAUGGCUUUACAUAACACCAAGUGUUUUCUUAA